AGUUGUUGAAUACAGAGCCAGAAAGCCAGCGUCAACCGACGACACGAAGCGCGCGAGUUGUUUAGAAGCGUGGGUGACCUGUGACGUAGACAGCAAAGUUACGUAGCUCGCGCGCGACUUGGAAGCUUGGUGAUACUCUCUAAUCGGCUAGGUAAAAUAAUUAGACGGUUUAUUUCCACGGCUAGAUAAAAAGGGGGGAAGUUCUGUGAUAGUGUUCAUAAGCUAGUGUCAGCAAUUUAGGAAAAGAGAAACAAAUUCUUUAGAGUGACGUAAAAUUCACGCAAGCAAGUUUGAAGAUGACGCAAACAACGUACAGCAAAUCUGACGUCAGCACCCUGUCGUCCCUGACCUCUUGUCUCCGUCACUGCCUUGGUCCCGCGGCCUGCCUCUUUCUCUUUCUCAUCGUCAUAUCCACAUUUGUUGAAGCCACUCCACAUUUUCUGAGCGAUGAAGAUGUCAACGACGCGAGCAUUGAGCUGCCAGAUAAAAGAUAUGCAAAACUGUCGUACUAUCGCCCCCAGCACAGUGGCUCUGGCAGACGAAGGUACGAUCACUAUGGUUACCGUAGAGGUAGUUACGGCGGUGGCAAUGGGAAGUAUGGGAAAAAAGCGGUAUCCAGAUACAGCAUGCCCUGGGAGAAUCUGCCCAACACGAACUGCCUUCGGAAGUUCUGCCGGAGUGACGACGAUUGCUGCAGACGAUACUCCAAGUGCAACGAGCAGGCCCGCAUCUGCUACGACUGUUGGUACGGCCACCCCUGCCAGACGAACCAGGACUGCUGCGAGAAGUUCCCAUAUUGCAACACGGUGCUCAACACGUGCAGCAAAUAAAGAUGGCGUCGGCCUGCUAGGCAGCUUCAGACUUGUAGCUUUAUUUGUGUGACUUAUAUAUUCAAGAUUAAUAAAUAUAAACGUGUAAUAAUUUAAAGUUUGUCUCAAAUCAAAGAAAUGUUCGCGGAAAAUAUUUAAAUACCGUUUUAUUGCUUCUCGGAUUAUUAUAGAAAUUGAUAACAAUGGAUUAAAGUAGGCGUAUAAAAAUGUAAUCAUGCUAACCCCCAUCGCUUAGUUCAGUUUACUUUAAUAUGUAUUGGUAACUACACUAACAGUUAAAUAUGUAUUGGUAAAUAUAUCUUGAAUAAAUCAAAGAUUC